AAACAUUACUUGCCAUGGUGUCAGCGAUUUGAACCGACUUGUCAUAUAUAAAGGAAAUUAUGAAGAAAACUUUAGGACAGGAAACACUUUCGACUUCGAGUUGAGUGCAGACCCUUCACUAAGUAUCAACCUACAACGAAUGAUCAGAAAGGAGUCACCAAAAUUAAGCGAAGAAUUUUGCAUUUUUCUUUGGAAAGUUUUGUUCUCUUUUCUUUUAAUCGUGGCUAUGCUGACUAAAAUAAAGCAUCUAGUAAAAUGACCGGACUCGUGGAGCUCAAAGUGAAGCCAUGUGUACUUAUGGAGACAUCUUUCUUAAAUUGCGGCAGGGUUAUGUUUGGAUCAUCAUCCAUUUCAAACAAUGUCUGGUCACAUAAACCAGACUGCAAAUGCAAUUGGUGUUCGGUGAAUUUACAGUGUUUUUAUAUGAAAAAGGAGGAAGUUCGUUUCAAACCAAAAUUAUAUCAAUUACAGUUGAAAGCACCAAAACCAACCAAAGUUGUCUGUCGAAAACCCUGUCUUGGAAAGCCACCACACUAUGGGAAGGAAUAUCAUGGAGCCGUGUCAAGGGAAGUUGCUGAUUGCCUGCUGCAAGAGGCUGGGGAGGGGAGUUACCUUGUCCGUGAGAGUCAGCGAGCACCCGGAAGCUACACUUUAGGCCUAAGGUACGGUGGUAUGACACGGAAUUAUAAGCUAUUCUAUGAUGGCAUGCACUACAUAGCAGACAAGAGGUUCAACUCAAUGAACGACUUGGUCGAGGAUGGCCUAAUCCACUUCUACAUGGAAGACAAAGCAGCUGAUUAUAUCAAGGACAUGGAUGCUGAACCCAUCUAUGAUAAACAUUCCAAGUACGCCACAGUAAGAUUACCGCGACAAAGAAGUAGCGAGAAAGGACAGUUGAGCCAUGUAUUUGACAAAAAUGGUCAGGAUGGGAUGAAACCAGAAUACAACCAAUCAGUUGUGGAUGGAUCUUGUAUAUCAACUCCAGAUAGGAUAAUAGUGUCCAUACCUCCAGAAGAAAUCGUAGUGCAAUACGAAAAAGCUCACAACUUUAAGGUGCAUACAUUUGGGCUACAUUGGUGUGAAUAUUGUGGUAACUUUAUGUGGGGCCUCAUUGCUCAAGGGGUCAAGUGUACAGAUUGUGGUUUGAGUGUGCAUAAGCAAUGUUGUAAGCAGAUUCCGCAAGAUUGCAUGCCAGAUAAGCGUCUCAUCAAGAGGGUUUAUGGGAUUGAUCUGACCACAUUGGUCAAGGCUCACAACACAACACGUCCAAUGGUCGUAGACAUGUGCAUCAAAGAGAUUGAGGAAAGAGGUCUGGACAUGGAAGGUAUAUACAGAGUGCCAGGCAUGUUGGAUGAUGUGGACUAUAUUCAACAUUCAUUUGAUAAUGAUAACGAAAAUGCAAAGAUUGGUCCACAUGAUGUCCCCGACAUCAAUGCUCUAGCAGGCGCCCUCAAGCUAUUUCUACGGCAACUUCCAAUCCCACUUAUACCUUUUGAACUCUAUGAGAAGUUCAUGAAUGCUGCAAGAAUAACUGAUGAGCAUGAAAGGUUUGACAGUAUUUACAAUGCUACAAAGGAGUUACACAGCAUAAAGCUGGCGCACUACCAGACCCUUAAGUGUGUUACGGAGCACCUCCGCAGAGUAAGUCAUCACCAGGAGAAAAACAAGAUGAGUGUUGAGAACAUAGCAAUUGUGUUUGGACCAACGAUAUUCCGCUCCCCUGACGACCAGUCCCUCAACAACCUCAUACUUCUUCAGUACCAGAAAAAAGUUGUGGAAUUAUUCCUGGAAGAUCAUGAUAAAAUUUUUGAUAAGUAAAACCAAUGGAUUAUUGUCCACUUUGGUUUUAAAAGUGCGCAAUCAAGAUGUAACAGAGAGACUGUUAAAUGCAAUUUAUCAUCAGUUAUCAUUGACUGACAUAUAAUUCUGAUCAAUUGAAGAGUAAUAAUGUAUAUUGUUUUUGUUUAAUAAUAAUAUCAUGCAAAUAAUCCAUCCCCCACACAGUACUGCUGUACUGAUUGACUUAUUGGUAUAUCAAUUUUGGUUAAUCAGUGCUUAGUAAC